UCCAGAUUCUCCCAUGGGUAGCCGCAGUGGUAGCCCCAUGACAGCAGUUCUCCACACCCACCUGGACAACCUUGAAGAGUCUGGUCGCCUGGAGGCCAUGAUGCCCAACCUCUUGCAACAGAUGAGGAGCCACAGCCAACCAUCUCUGUCUGAGGAUGGGCCUCCCGAACCCCCAGCAUCUAUAGAUGGGAGCUGGAGCGACGUACAAAUUGGAAGCAGCCCCAGACACCACCAACUUGCUCCACCCCAGAUUGAGAUCCAGCGGCCCAGCUCGGCUCCCCCGUCACGAACCGACUCUUCCCCCAGCCCCAUCAACUCCUCCCGUCCCUCCUCGGCCCAACUCAGCAGGAGGCCUCGGAGUUCCACGGAAAAAGUGCCUGUUCUGGGUGGGGCGUCACACCCCAGCAGACAAAGGUCGGUCUCGGUUGCAGGGCUGGGUAAAGAAUGGAAAGGUCGACCAUUGCCAGUGUUUGGUGGAUCAAAACCUGUGGAGGAGGAGGAGAAAGCAAUGCAGCUUGCCCAAGAGGCUAAGUCUUCCGUUAACAUCAGGGAGUUGUUCAGUGGCUCAGCAGCCAAGGAGUACCGCAAGGAACUGGAGAGACAGGAACAAGAACGAUGGGAAAAACAGCGCCGAGAUUCCAAGCAACUCAACAGAUUUUACAAGGAGCACAUGAUGAGGCAAGAGGUUGCCUUGGUUCAGCGGCCAGACAUCAUGGAUCGUGGCUGGGCUCGAGAGUAUUUGUCUGAUAAGAUGCUUAAAGACAGGAUGAGGCAGGAGAAAUGGAAUGAGCAAAUGAGGCAACAAGCACUUCAGAAUAGGAAAGCUUUAAGUCUUCUCAAAAGAAUUGGACCAAGUGUGGAUAUCUGGGAACUGUUCCAUGGAGGAAAGAGGGGUGUCACUAAAGCACAAAUGAAGAAAGCAGCUGUUACCAUUCAGAAAUAUGUAAGAGGCUGGGUUGUGAGGACCAUGCUAGAGAAAGUCAAGCAAAAAUCUCGAGUCCAUGCAGGUUCCUUCAGAGCCUUUGUGAAGUACUAUGCACAGCUGAUGAAGCGCAUUGCCCGCUGGCAUGGCGUCAAGAAACCAAACAUCCAUCUGGACCUGUGGCAGAUGGACGAGUUCAUGGAUCGAAAACGAUACUACGAGUAUGUCUUUGCGAAGAGAGCACAUCCCAAUGACUUCAUCACCAUCCGGGAUCUGGAAGGGUUCUUCAAGGAGUGUGACCACUAUCCAUCCAAGAGGGAGAUCUUCAAUGCCAUAUCUGGUGCUACCAAGAAGGAUGCUGAGAAACUGGAUGCCAAACUCAAUGAGAAAGAAGUGACCGAGGUGGCUUUCAUGAUCUACGUGCCUCAAGGAAGCAGCCUGAAAACGAAAGACACCAGGAAGUCAACGUGGCUGAACCCACUGGUUGACGGCAAGGAAGCCAAGAAACUCAUGGGGAGUGACGAGGUGGAGAAGGCCGAGUAUGCCAAGUCGCUUCAGGUGGUCUUUGCGGCCUUCCAGGAGAGGCAGGAGAAAGAGGCGGCGGCCAAGAGGAGAGAGAAGAAGCAACAGGAGGAAGCAGGCCCAGCCAGUUAGCAGGCUGAUGCUGCAUAGUUGUAUGGCCUAGAGUUGUGAAAAAGCACUAGCUGGGUUUUUUUUUUCAUGCCGAUAGGCUGAAGUUCAUUCAUGCAAGACCUGUUUAGGUUGCUGCUUGGUUGACUCAACGGUAUGGGAUGUUGCACAAAUUUACAUAGGCUUUUUCAACAGAAUGUGCACAAAACUUUAGUCUGUUGUCUUAGAGCCUCAUAGGAACAGUAGAUGAUACUUUAUGGACCAAUUGUGAAAGCUAGAGUACAGAAGGGAACACAGAUCUGAAAUAUUAGUCCCGAAAGCUGUUUUGCAGGGAACAAACAACCAAUUUGACUUGAAUGAGUGGAAACCCUCACUAAUUUCGUGUGGGCACAAGUCACAAGGUUGGGCAAUUGGUAUUCAUAUGUCAAGGUCAUUUUGGAUAAUAACACAUACUGACAUCGCACCACCUGUAUCAAUUAUCCCAAAUGACCGGUGAUGCACUUCAUUGUGUGCGUGAACUGUUGGGAUAAAAGAACCAGUGCACUGUGAACACAGGCCACCUGUUAGAGCUGUUAGCGGUGUGUUGGACUUGAAAAACACAUCUGGAUAGAAACUGUACCGCAAUGUUCUCCUGUCAUGAUUUUUAUGUUUCACUCAAGUUCAUGCAGUUGAUCGCACUAGCAGUGUUUACACAGUAACACGAUCUCUCAGUGACCAUUUAAAGUUAGUCAUCAUUCCGGACCUUCCUGUACCUAUGCCUGUGCUCAAUGCAUAUGUACCGAUAACAAUGAGCAAGUUAGGUCAAGAAAAACUGUUCAUUGUGCGGUUAGUUUGUGACAUUGUACCCUAAUUUACAAAGGGAAACAUUUCUUGUUGAGCAGGUAUUAAAUGUUAUCAAAGCAGCUCAUGGUCCAGUCUCCUUGCUGUAACAUUUUAAUGUGACCAACCUCUAGACUGUCCUAAACAGUCAGCUUGACUAGUCCAACCGCCGUUGACUAAGGUGUGUUUGAUUAUAGUGAAACCAAACUGGUGUCCAUGGAACUUGCUUAAGAGAGUUGUACUGUGGUCAGUCAAUUGUAUGCUUAACUGGCUCACUGCGGGACAUUGUUAAACAGUCAGUCUCCUAAAAGUGAUGGAAGCAGACACUUGCCACUGUAAACGUAAAUGUCAACCGGCAACAUUGGCAGAGAUUCCGGGGAACUUUUAGGAGUGGGGAAUUGCCGAUUUAAUCAUCUCCCCCCUUUCAAGUCACCGACUUUAUGUGCACCCCUAAUUGAAGUGGGACCUUGGACCCUGUGCUAUGUCAUGCUCCACACAAGGAUGACCUUUCAGAAAUCAUCCCCACCCCACAUGUGACAAGAAAUCUCCACCCGUGACUGGCGAUAGUUAUAACUUUACAUAGUUUGGAAGAAGAUAGCUUGACGAUACUCUUUAUUUUACCUUUAGUGCUUUUUGGUGAUCCAGAGAUACACAUAAUCAAAAUUGAGUUUGUGGCCCUCUCCUGUCACUCUGGUAAGCUGCUCCAGAGAAUAGCAUGUGCCAGAUGAAUCUUCACAAAUUGCUCAAGGCAUGCUAUCGCAUCAUUACCCCUGACACUCAUAUGCUCCUGUAAUUUUUGCGUAUCCUUUCAAAUAAAGCAAUAUUAUUCAAAAUCUGCUUUGAAAACUUCCUUCGGAUGUACUUUUAUCAUUUCUUUAAUUAGCACUGUGGGACCUCACUACAAUGAGCUUUCACGCUAUUUUUUUCACUUGAUGUAAUUUUCAUUGGGAUAGUUGAAGUGUUGUGCUUUCAGUUGACUCGGAUGCUUGCUCUUUCAGUGAAUGUGCACAUCAAACUUAUGCUGAUAAGUUGUGAGAUUUUGUUUGUAUAAUUGAAGUAGAAGCUAUAUUUAUAUUAAAUUUUCAAUAUUUUGAAAUGAAAAUGCUUCCUGUGAAGGCCAUCUCCAUUCAAGUUAAUGUAAUAAUUUUUGCAAAGGUGGUAGUAUGUAAAAUAACUAAAACAAUAAAUUUUAUAUCAAUAAUUUUUCAAUUGUCUUUCUUUUAUUUUUAUAAAAAAUGUACGUCUGUUUCUGGAGUAAAUAAUUUUUUACACUAAGUUGAAAUACAUGAAUUUUGAUAAGGAAAAAUUUCUUGUUUUUUUAAGAAACACUUGAGACUGGAAGAAGUCUAAUUUUACAAAUAAAUUCACAUUGGUUAGCCUUACAAGAUAUAAAUGCCUUCAUUUGUAUGAAGCUUCUGAACGUUAUUGUGCUCUGAAAAGAACCAUAGUAUGUUUUAAAUGGUGAGAUAGACACAAAAUCAUAAUGAUUGAUUGACCUUUUUUCACCUCAUUUCACUUUUUAGUUUGAACAUAUAAAAGAAAUGCAAGUAACAGUGCUUCAAUUUUUUCAAAGCCAGUUAUAUAUUAAUGAAGAAGAAAUUGCAACAAUAUUCACUCCUCACAUGUAUAAAAUGGAAGAUUUUUAACUGCUGACCAAUUGUACGGUCAGCAGUUUUUGCGCUGUAGAAAACUUUUUUUCUGAGAUAACAUCUUUGUAAAUAGAAACCUUUAAGACAUUCAGAUUAAUGUCAUUGUAACACAUAUAUUAGAAACAAUAUCAAAAUAUUAUCUCCCACUUAUAUUAUUUUUGCAAUAUUCCCCAUCAUUUUAGAACUAAAGUAUGAAAUUUUAUCUUGUAAAGAACCCAAUCACUGUAAUAUGGAGGUCUGUGUGUGGGUUGAAACUAAUUAAAAUUGGACUUUGUCAUAUAA